AGCAGCAGCAGCGAGGCCGAGGCGGGGCUUCGCAGCGCCCACGGGCCAAGGCGCUCAGACUGGCAGUUUAGCAGCGACUCCCCCUUUGUGUCUGGACUGAGAAAAAGGGGAGCCGCUGCCAGCCAAGCCCAGCUGCCAGAAAGGGGCAGGAGGCGACGCGACGUUUGAGAAUCCCCCCCCCACCAGCGCGGAGCCUUCGUUGGGGCAGGAGGGCUUCCUCCAGAGGAAGAGCCGGCGGGGCAGCUGAUUCUCCCCCCCCGCUCCAGUUGGGGUGUGGAGGAAACCGGGCAGGGUCGCGAGCGAAGAAGGUGCAUGAGGGGGCGAACGGCUUCCCUUCUCGCCUUGGGGCCGUCGCUCGCCUUGGGAGGGGGAGGGAAGCGGGUGUGGGGAGAAGAAGCGGCUCUCCCUUCCCUUCUUCCCGCUGGGGGGCCGAGGAACGGCGGAGGGAGCCAGACGGGAAGAAAAAGUGCCUUUCCUCAGGGCUGCCUAGGAGGAGGAAAGGCCUCUUUGCGUCGGGAACUGCCAAGCCCGGAUUUGCUGCUUCUCCUCCUUCUUUCAUGAGAGAAACGCCGGGACUUUCCAGCCCUUUUCCCUCGGCUGGAGUUGUUCCCUUUCCCUCGUAGACUCCCGUGCGUGUGUGGACGCCGAGCGUGUUAAAUCUAAUCCGAGGCCGAUGACACCUUAAUGGAGCAACGGGCCCUUAAAAAUCCCCUGCAAAGAAGGGGAUUUUUUCCCCUACUAAGAUGCCUUUUUUCCCCCCUACUAAGUGACAGGAAAUAGCCCUUUUCCUAAGAAAGACACAGCACGAAAAGAUUUUUGGAUCCAUAUCUUAAAAAAAAAAAACCUUGGCCUUUAAAAUCUAAUCUACAUCUGCUCUUUUCUUGCUGGUGACAAUCUGAUUAAUUUCAGUGAGGGGCGUCCGUCCUUUUUUUUCCACCUUUGGAGAUGAUUCAUUGGAAACCUGAGGGGUUGUGUGGCCCUUUGAAGAGACGUGGGGAUUAAUGCCGACGUUACAAAUAAUGACUUCUUAAGAAAAGAACAUGUUUGAGAGAGAGAGAGGGGAAAAAAUAAAACUCAUCUUCUUGAGGCCAAGCCCUGAACCAUGAAGGCAGAUUUGCUGAAUGGAAUGAAAGCUCGAAACGGCUCCUCUCCUUCACCCAUUUGCCCUUUCGAGGCUGGAUUGUAAACUUGAGAAAUUAAGACUCUUUGGAAGACAAAAGAUUUCUUCCUGUCAGCAUUUUUUUAAAAAAAACUAUACUACACAGCUGGAUUCCUCCAAAUAUGACUGACUUGCUGCAGCACCUUUUCCUGGUGCUCUUGUUCUCCAGGGCCACCUUACAAGUCAGCAUUGCGGCUGCUGCACAAGGUGAAGAGACAAAAUGUGCUUUUAGAGACUCCGACCAAAAUAAACAUGGAAUUAGUGAAAGUCAGAUUUCUCAAGAGAAUGACACAGUUUUAUGUACGAAAGGAAAUACCUGCUAUGGUCUCUGGGAGAAAACCCGCGAAGGAGAAAUACAUCUUGUGAAACAAGGAUGUUGGACUCAUACAGGAGAUCCCCAAGAGUGUUAUGCUGACGAAUGCAUAGUAACAACCACUCCUUCCUUGAUUCAGAAUGGGACAUACCGUUUCUGUUGCUGUAGUACCAACCUGUGCAAUGUCAACUUCACAGAGAACUUUCCACCACCAGUUCCUAUAGAUCCAACACCUUCCGAUCCUCCUCAACGAGAUGACACACUUAUAAUAAUUCUGGCAUCCAUUUCUGUAGUGGCUGUUUUGAUGGCUCUUAUUUUCUUUGGAUACAGGAUGUUAGGAGGGAUCCGUAAAAAAGGCCUUCAUACUAUGAACAUGAUGGAAGCAGCAGCUUUAGAACCCUCAUUAGAUCUGGAUAGUUUGAAACUACUGGAGCUUAUUGGACGAGGGCGAUAUGGAGCUGUAUACAAAGGAUCUUUAGAUGAGCGUCCAGUGGCUGUAAAAGUGUUUUCUUUUGCUAAUCGCCAGAAUUUUAUAAAUGAGAGAAAUAUUUAUAGAAUCCCACUGAUGGAACAUGACAAUAUUGCUCACUUCAUUGUGGGGGAUGAGAGAUGCACUGCAGAUGGACGAAUGGAAUAUUUAUUAGUAAUGGAAUAUUAUCCCAAUGGAUCUUUGUGCAGAUAUUUGACUCUCCAAGCUAGUGAUUGGGUGAACUCUUGCCGAAUGGCGCAUUCUGUAACUAGAGGCCUGGCAUAUCUUCAUACAGAAUUACCACGAGGAGAUCAUUACAAGCCUGCCAUUUCCCAUCGUGAUUUGAACAGCCUCAAUGUAUUAGUAAAGAACGAUGGAACAUGUGUCAUUAGUGAUUUUGGCCUUUCCAUGAAGCUAACAGGGAAUAGACUGGUACGCCCAGGUGAGGAGGAUAAUGCUGCAAUUAGUGAGGUUGGAACAAUUCGCUAUAUGGCCCCUGAAGUGCUGGAAGGAGCAGUAAAUUUAAGGGACUGUGAAUCAGCUUUGAAGCAAGUCGAUAUGUAUUCACUUGGUCUAAUCUACUGGGAGAUUUUUAUGAGAUGUACAGACCUCUUCCCAGCAGGAGAAUCUGUGCCAGAGUUCCAAACAGCAUUCCAAGUAGAAGUUGGAAACCACCCCACUUUUGAAGAUAUGCAAGUCCUUGUUUCUAGAGAAAAGCAAAGACCAAAAUUCCCAGAGGCCUGGAAAGAGAACAGCUUGGCUGUGAGAUCAUUGAAAGAGACAAUUGAAGACUGCUGGGAUCAGGAUGCUGAAGCUCGGCUGACAGCCCAGUGUGCUGAAGAGAGGGUGGCUGAACUCAUGAUGAUUUGGGAGAGGAAUAAAUCUGUCAGUCCAACUGUUAACCCUAUGUCUACAGCUAUGCAAAAUGAACGAAACCUGUCACACCAUAGACGAAUGGCAAAGAUCAGACCAUAUCAAGAAUAUUCUUCCUCAUCCUUCAUUGAGGAUUCAAUCAAUCACAGUGAUAGCAAAGUGAAGAACAUUUCAUCGGAACUUUCAGUGUCCAGCACACCACUGACAGUUGGGGAGAAGAACAGAAACUCCAUUAACUAUGAGCGGCAGCAAGCACAAGCUCGCAUUCCAAGCCCUGAGACUAGCGUUACCAGCUUGUCAACCAACACUACCACCACCAACACAACUGGCCUUACUCCAAGCACUGGCAUGACCACCAUCUCUGAAAUGCCUUAUUCGGGUGAAACAAACAUUUGUGCUGCAAAUGGCAUGCAGCCCUGUGGGCCAACUCCUGUCUGUCUGCAGCUCACAGAGGAGGACUUGGAAACUAACAAGCUGGAUCCAAAAGAAGUAGAUAAAAACUUAAAAGAAAGCUCUGAUGAAAACCUGAUGGAGCAUUCUCUUAAGCAGUUCAGUGGGCCAGAUCCGCUGAGCAGCACUAGUUCCAGUUUGCUGUACCCACUGAUAAAAUUGGCAGUAGAAGCAAAUGGACAACAGGACUUCAUGCAAGUUGGAAAUGGCCAAGCAUGCCUAAUUCCAGAUGUUCAGCCUGCUCAGGUCUACCCUCUUCCCAAACAGCAGAACCUCCCAAAGAGGCCUACUAGCCUACCCUUGAACACCAAAAAUUCAACCAAGGAAUCUCGGCUGAAAUUUGGAGGGAAGCACAAAUCAAACUUGAAGCAAGUAGAAACCGGAGUUGCCAAGAUGAAUACUAUAAAUGCUGCCGAACCUCACUUAGUAACGGUUACCACCAAUGAAGUGGCAGGGAGGAGCCACACAACAAACUCUCAUACUGCGCCAACGCAGUAUGUCAAUGGGACAGUGCCAUCAGGCCAAACGACUAGCUCAGGAACACACAGAGCCCAGGAAAUGUUGCAACAUCAGUUCAGCGGAGAAGAUAGUCGUCUGAAUAUCAAUUCAAGUCCUGACGAACAUGAGCCAUUAUUAAGAAGGGAGCAGCAAGUGAGCCACGACGAGGGCAUCCUCGAUCGACUGGUAGAUAGAAGAGAACGGUCGCUGGAUAAUGGCCGGACAAAUACCAACAACAACAACAGUAACCUGUGUCUAGAGCAAAGUGUUUCCAUCCAAAGCAGCGAGAGAACGGCACCAACUUCUGGACCGACCCACACUAAAAGAGCACAAAGGCCUAACUCCCUGGAUCUUUCUGCCACAAAUAUUUUGGAUGGGUGCAAUAUUCAGUUGGGUGAAUCAUCUCUUGAGGGGAAAUCUGGCUCAGGAGAAAAGAUCAAGAAACGUGUGAAAACGCCUUAUUCCCUAAAGAGAUGGCGCCCUUCAACGUGGGUCAUCUCCACAGAACCCCUGGAUUGUGAGAUUAACAACAAUGGGGGUGACAGGGUGGUUAGUUCUAAGUCCAGCACAGCUGUUUACCUUGGAGAAGGAGGUACCGCAACAACUAUGGUGUCUAAAGAUGCAGGAGUGAACUGUCUGUGAAUUGUUUAAAAGCUGACGCAAACUGACAUUAUUGCAUUCUGUUAAUGAACAUGCAGAAGACAUUUUAUAUUUAAAAAAAAAAAAACACUUCCUGCUUUCUUCUGUCAGUACUCCUUACCGAGGACUUGCUUUAAAUAGAUUUCAGCUAUGCAGACAAUUUUUAGCUUAUGCUUCCAUAAUUUUAAUUUUUUUAAAAAACAUUUUUGCACUUUUUAUUUAGAAUUGCAAAACUACACCUGUUCGUCUUUGAUCAUGGAAUUAUAUAUGUAUGUAAUCAAAUACUGUGGUCUCAAAAUAUUUUUUUUUACAUCAAAAACAAGAAAACGUAUUGCUGAUAAUCAGUCUGGACCGGUUUCUAAAGGUCACUAAACAGCUAAGCGGGUGGACUGUGGUGGUGUCCACUGUUCACGGUUUGAAUUGUGUGCACAAAUCAUUUGUACGUUUCUGUGUAACAAGAGUGUAUUACUUUCAUACUUUCUAUUUUACACCUGUAUUAUGUUGAAAUGUGCAAUAGUCUGUAGUUCAUAAUAUACUUUGUGUUUCCAUUCCUACAUUCUUCUUUUUUGGAGUUAAAAAUAUCAAUAGCUGUGUUUAAUCCGGUAAUCCAGCAACUGGUGAUUUCUAACCAUGAACUCUGCAAGCAUAAUCAUCUUGAAGUAAAUGCUUUUAUCUAUCAGUAUAUGUGCUCUAAGAUUAGAGUUAAUGCAUGAUUUUUUCCCCUCCUCUGACUCUUUUAAAAAAAAAAAAAAACCCUGAAAAGAACAAAUCUUUUAUCUUUCAUAUUUCCAAAUUUGAAAUAUAAUUUUUCUUCAUAAUGAAUGACAUAGGUUGAGAAAACUUUAAUCAAGAAAGCGUUCAAGAAAUGUCAACAGUUAUCUUCCUGAUUAGCGCGAUACUAAUUAAAUGUAUUUUCAGUUAGGAAAUUUACAGGGUAAAGCAAGUUCUACCUUGGAUAGUGUGAUUUAUGGAUUAUUUUCACCAAGUCAAUAUGCAUGUGAGAAUUAGAGAUACAAAAACAGAGCAGAACUGAAGUGGGGGUAUAGCACGGAGGGAGGAGAGCAAAGAAAAAAUCUCUUGCAUAUGCUUAUGGGUGGUUGGAUGUAGCCCCUUAUGUGUGCAUUUGUAUGGCUGGCUGUCAUUCUUAUGGUAUAAUUUAUGCAAUUUGUCAGUUAAAUAUAGUAUUUAUGUAUAUUUUUUUUCCUUAAUGGAUGCUUUUGAUGCUUGCUGGAAAUACAUUUUUGUCUCAUCUUUGUAAUUUACCUUAAACACAUUGUGUACAGGUUGCUUAUGCAUAUUUUUAAGUAGAAAAGCUAACACCUGGAUUAAUUUGCUUGAUUUCUAUGUCUUGGUUAUGGUCACAGCCAAAAUGAUCUACCUUAGUAUUGACAUAUAAGAGUUUAAUGAAAGGAUCCAGUUCAUCUCCUCUUUUUUCAUUAGUUAUUGUUCUAGAAUCUAGAAUAUGAUUCACGCUUAUCCUCAAAAGCAUACAAGUCUUGGGUUGUUCUGACAAGGAGUCUUAGAAGUUGUAAUCCAAUGCUUCUGGAAAUUACCCAAUAUAAAAAGUCAUAUAGAACAGGCGUGUCCAACCUUCAGCCCGUGGACAGCUAGUGAUGAGCCCCACAAGUUAUAAUAAAAAUACUAAAAAUAAAGGAAGUUGGUUAUUUAUAUACAUUAAUUAUAUUAUAUAUUUGAUAUGUAGCCCAGGACAAUUACUCUUCACUCAGUGCAGCCCAAGCAAGCUAAAAGGUUGGACACACACGAUACAGAACAUAUGUAGAACCUUACAUAAUUGUGCAUGACUAUUACAACUUCUGGGUCAUUAUUUUGAAAAUAGGUAGCUUGAAUCCAAUUGCUAUGCAGGGAGGAAGAUACAUAGACACACACACACACACACCAUAGCACCUAACAUCACAAUGUUCUGCGUGAAAUAAUUUUAUUCUAGUACUAUUUUUCACCCUCUUACGGCCCGCUUUGAAUAAUUUUAAAAGUCAUAUCUUUUUUGUUGAAUUCUAUUAUUUACUGUCUUUCUAAAAGUAUGUUGCCUUUAUUCUUAGAGUCCUAGCAUACCUACUACCUUGGCUGCCAGUUUUCAUGCAAUAACACAUUUACAGAAAGUUGUAGCCCAUAUUUCAUUCAAGCUUGCUUUUUAUUGUACAACAAGAAUUGGAUUUUCUUAUCAACAUUUACCUUUUGAGUUACAUUGAAUUGUUCUGGGAGAGGGGGGGGGGCACAGUCAGCUUUCAUGGUGAGCAGUUUUACAUGCUUGAAACUGUGUCUUGCUUAAAUCAAGCUUUUCAAGGCAAGUUUUGAGGUAUCCAUCUAAAUUGCCAUGCAGUCCCCAAAUCAGCCUUAAAAGAACAUGUUUAGAAAUAUUUUUGAUGGAAAAAACAUUGUAGGAGCUCCUACACUUCUCAAAUUGAUUUCUCAAGGUACCAAUAUUCAGGCCAAGAGGAAAUUUGAUUAGUGGGACUUAAAUACCUCGCUCCUCAGAGUGAUGUCCUUCAAAAGGGUAUAUCAGAAAAGGAAGCCUUAUUUCUAAAAGUGAAUUGCCUAGAUGUCCGUUAGCCUGAAUGGGCGCAAUCUGUCUGGCUGCUUCCUUUUUAGAUUUCAAAUAUCCAAAGGGUCAGGGAAGAGGUGGGUCCUAUUUCUAAAAUUUUGUUGGACAGAUGCCUCUCCCUACUUCCCAAAAACAGGAAGCAUGAGAUGUUUUCUUAAGCAUUUUCUAGAGUUUAUUUAAAGUAAAAAGCAGCUAAUUAAAAAGAAAGCAGAAGGGAAUAUUAGUGCAAAGAAAAGUCUCUGAAAGUAGUUCAGUUCCACUUUAGUUCUGUUUGAUAUUAUCAGAAUAUAUUAACAAUGAUUGUAGGAUGUGGCUAUUAUUUCACCGUGUCUCUUAUCUAUAUAGUUCAAUGGCCCAAGUUUAAAAGUUAAAAAAACAAUUUAUAAUAUUAUAUUUCCCAAAUAUGAUGUAUCAUAGACAUUUUUCUCUUAAUUUUGCACAGUUAUGGAGGUGAUGCUCUCUUCCUUAAAAUUAUACUGCUAGCAAAUGAUCAGUUGAAAAGUGUUUACUGAAAAACUACUUCCCUUUAUCAAUAUUUUGAAUGAGAAAAUAUUGCAUGAUGAGGUACAUUAUUUGCCAUUUUGUAAGAACAAAUUUCCAAAAAUGAAUAAAAUGGUGUCAGAAUUCCAUUACUUAGCAAAUCAAAAACAAUUUAUUUUGCUAAUGUGGCAGGCUCAUGGUUUCACUGUAAUUUCACCUCCACCCCACCCAUAAUGUGAUGCAGGGGAAGGAAAAUAGUGCACAAGAUAAAUUGCACUCUUAUUGUAUAAACUGUAUAAUAAGUGAAGAAUUUAAAAAAAAAUAAAAAUAUGUUAAUUGCAUUUUAAUUCAUAGAGAACAAUAUUAAAAGCAUGUAUUUUGUGUUAGUAUAACAGGAUAAUUCAGGCUACCUUUGUUAUCAUUUGAAAGUAGAAAGUUGUUCUGCUCAGCAGUCACAUUUAUUUUAG